AUGGCCGAAUUUCAAUCUUUAACAACACUUAUCAAACGGUUGGAAGCAGCUACCUCUCGUUUGGAGGAUCUAGCAACCUCCAGUGUUCCAAAUGUUGUUGCCAAUAAUUUGAGUCGUAAUUCAAUUGGAAGUCAACCUAUGUUAGCUUCUACUUCUAAUAAUGCGAUUUCUAAAUCCGAAGUUUCUUUAGCUCUCGAUGUGUACGAUAGGAUUACUGAAGGCCCAUUGAAAAAUUUUCUUGAACUUUCCAAGAUUAUCGGUGGACCUAUUUCGGAACAGAGUCAUUCCGUCGAGGAUAUUUUUAUAGCUCAACGCGACUUUAUAUAUAUAGCCACUCAAAGCACAAAGCCUAAAACAAAAGAAACUUUUGUUGAGUUGAUUAGACCCACACAACGGGCUCUUGAAAAAGUUUGUUCAUACACAGAGAAUAAUCGCCCAUCUCCUUUUUUCAAUCAUUUAUCUACUGUCAGUGAAGGCAUUGCCGCGUUAUGUUGGGUUUCCGCUGAUCAAAAACCUGCUGGUUUUGUUGGUGAUAUGAAAGAUAGUUCUCAAUAUUACGCGAAUCGAGUGAUUAAGGAAUUUAAAGAAAAGGAAAGUUCUCAUGUUGAUUGGGCAAAUAGUUUCAUACUUCUUCUUACAGAACUUCAAUCUUAUGUUAAAAAAUAUCAUGCCGAUGGCCUCGUUUGGAAUCCGAAGGGUGCAGACCCUGAAACAUUUAUUGGUAGAAAUCUAAAAUUGAAUUCAACGGGUGCAUCAUCGUCAAGGCCAGUUGAUAUGAGUGCAGUAUUUGCUGAACUUAAUCGUGGAGAAAGCAUUACGUCAAAUUUGAAGAAAGUUGACAGUAGUCAAAUGACACACAAAAAUCCAAAUUUGAGAGAUAGUAGUGUGGUGUCUGAAGUUGGUGUCAAAGUUCAUAAAAAGGGACCUGCAGCUCCUCCAAAACCCGCGUCAUUAUCUCUUAAAAAGCCACCUAAAAAAAUUCUUGAGGGUAACAAAUGGAUUAUAGAAAAUUUUGAAAAUGAUCCCAACAUAUUGAUUGGUGAUGCAGCUAUUAAUCAUCUUGUAUAUAUUUAUGGUUGCAAAAACUCUACAAUACAAAUCAUGGGUAAAAUUAAUGCAGUCACCAUAGACAAGACAGAUAGUGGUCAAUUAUUUUUAUCUAAUGAGUGUUUUGAUAUUGAAAUAGUGACAUCUAAAAGUUCUUCAAUUAAUGUUAAUUUGCCAGGAAUAGGAGAAAAUGGAGAUUAUGCAGAAAAGCCCAUUCCAGAACAGUUGAAGAGCACUAUUAUGGAUGGAAAACUUAUAUCUGUUCCUUUGGAACAUUCAGGAUAA